CACCGUGGAAACCCCAAAUCCUACGAAAAACGACACGUUAGUAUUUAUUAGUCUAAACUAAAUGUUAUUUAACUGGCAAUUCGAAAUGUAUCUGUCUCUUCGGAACAAACAUAAUUUUGAAAGAGACUCUUUGUGGCUGAAACAAGUAGAAGUCAAGAGGUCGAAUCUUUUCUAUUUAUUGGCCAAUCAGCGUUAAUUCCUUCGCUAGAAAUGCUGACCUAAACAUUAAAAAAGAAAAGUUUCGUCAAACUUUUAAUGCAUUCCCCAUGCUUAACGAUCAAUACUCUGACGGCUUACCAUGUCGUAAAUUCUUAUCCAAUAGGCUAGCAGUGCGCGAUCAGUCGGUUCUGUCCGAUUGGUCACACUGCAUGGCCUCAUAGUACGGACACUUGAACACACUUUCCUUGUUCUGUCGUUCCAGUGCUCAGUGUUCCUUCAUAGUCUUCAGUGCGUACAGAAGCAUAAUUAAAAUCCAGUAGUUAACUGUGUUGAAAUCGAGGUGACGAGUAAGAGGUGAACAUCAACAUACUAAGAAUAUUAAAAUCUGUAUUAUUAUGUGUAUUCGCAGAUUUUGCUGUAUGCAAAUUUCAUAGCGUUUUGUUAGAAAGGUUUUUUUUAAGUACAGGUCUGUAUUUAAAUUCGUCUCUACACCUUCAAUGCAAUUAAGAAACUCCAUUGAGCAGAGUUAAACAUCGAAUACACUCGGAAUUGUCAUAUGACUAGAUCAUCGCUUAGGCAGCUAGAUGAAAGAUUCUCACCGCGGAGGCCCGGAUUUGUGAUCAGUUGCAAUGUGGAACUUCGGCCGCCAACGGACUCAUCCAACCCCCAGACGAAAGACGAUUGAAUACGGGAUGGGUUGAAUGAGACUGACAGUGCCAUUUUAUCUACCACAAAUCCUACACGGACCAAACCCAAGCCGACUAACCACCUGAGCUAUGACACGGCCCAAAAUAGCCUACACAGAAAGAUCCCAAUAAUAAAAAAAGUAACGUAAGCGAUAAAGUAAAACAAACUCCUCCUUCGUUGGAAACAUCGUUAAACUAACGAGGCCCAAAAUAAAAUUUGCUUGCCAGCUUAAAAGAUGAACACGCUAAAGAAAUUUGACGCUGCAAGACUUUUUACAUUCCCUGUACAUCAGGAACUACAUCUUAUUUAACGCUUUUGUCCUCGUCCUUUGACCGAGUGCUGUCACAAUAAUGAACGCAAAAUGUUAUCUACAGAUGAGACAUUAACCCUUCAACAACGAAUGCCACGUGUUUUAAUAAACAACAAUGCCGCGUUCUGUAGAACAUGUUCUGCAACAUGUAGAAUGACUUAGUCACUAUCUAGAAACACACACAUGUGAAUUCAGGUCUCAACAUCGUGUUUUAAAAAUAAAUAACACACUUUGGCUUGAGGAAAUUAACUGGGAAAUACCACGCGUGGUGUUUGCCCUUGUCGGUGUGAUCAAUAGACUCACUGCGUCUAUAGCGUUUUUCAGUAUAACUGGAGACUGAAGCGUACACUAGUAACGUGUACUGUGGCUCCCAAGUGGGAGUAGCAAGGAAAAACUGAGCACACAGUGGUGCCAAACGUAACAUUGUGGAACGCUGGUUUCCUGGAAAUGCAAAGUGUUCUGUAUAUGUACGCAAAGAAUCAAAUUCUCGUGAAAACUGUGUAUUUCUGUCAGGGCUUCGGACAGGCCGUGCUCCUGCUACCUAUCAGUAGACCUCCUUUCACGUUGAUUGGUCACUCACAAAGAGCUGAACUCGGCUCAGUCGCCGCUUAUGCUGAAAAACAAUAUAGCUACACUGGAAACCGGCUUAUUUUAAAUCAAGAGGGGUCGAAAUUGACAGUGUGAGAAGUAUCUGACAAAUGCACCUCCGGGUUUAAGCUAAGUAAACGGAGGUUUCAGUUGAUGCUAGGAAGAGAGCUGAAAUGGCUUAUGAUGAUGUUUUGCCAUAUUUGGGAGAAUUUGGACGUUACCAGAAGCGGAUUUAUAUUCUGCUCUGUCUUCCAGCCAUUUUGUGUGCUCUCCAUAAAUUAGCUGGGGUGUUCUUGCAAGCAAAUAUUAAUCACAGAUGCCAGCUGCCAUAUGAGUAUGACAAUGCCACAUACAACUUUCCAGAAAUCAACAUGACUAUACCAUGGGACUUAAAAUCAAAGAGUUGGUCAAGCUGUGCAAGAUUAGAUGCUAAUUUUACUACAGAAUAUUUUAAUGCUGGUAUCCCUGCAAACAGUUCUGUGAACUGUGACAAAUGGGUCUAUGACACAACAGUAUAUAAAAGUAGUGCUGUUACAGAGUUCAGUUUGGUCUGUGAUAAUGCCCACUUUCGUGUCAUGGCAGAUUCUCUAUUCAUGGUCGGGGCCUUACUUGGUUCAAUUAUUUUUGGUGACCUGUCAGACAGAUUUGGUCGUAGACCUAUCUUCUUCCUGUCCUUGGUUCUGCAAGUUGUUUUUGGUUUGCUAGCAGCAAUAGCGCCAGAGUACUACACUUUCAUGGCAUGUCGGCUCAUUAUUGGUUCUACAACAUCAGGAGUGUUUUUGGUAGCAUAUGUAAUUGCUAUGGAAAUGGUUGGUCCUAGUAAGCGACUGUAUGCCGGAGUGGUCUGCCAGUUUUUCUUCACCACUGGCUACAUCCUGACAGCAGCUUUUGCUUACUUCAUCAAAGACUGGAGGAUUCUGCAAGCUGCUCUGUCUGCACCUGGUAUAAUAUUCCUCUGUUACUGGUGGUUUGUCCCAGAAUCUGCACGGUGGUUAAUAACAAAAGGUCGUGGAGCUGAAGCAAAGGAAUUGCUUCUAAAGGCUGCAAAGGAAAAUAAGGUAACCAUCCCUGAGGAUAUUUUGGAUAACCUUCUGCCUCAAACUGAGGUUGCCAAUGGUGAUCAUCCAAGCCAACAAGAAGCAAGGAAAAAGAAUACAACACAGAAGCAGUCCACACUUCUUGAUCUCUUUUAUUAUCCAAAUCUUCGAAAGAAAACACUGGUCAUCCUGUUCAGCUGGUUCGUCAACAGUGGAACUUACUAUGGGUUGUCAUGGAACACCUCAAACUUAGGUGGCAAUGACUACAUCAAUUUCGUAUUGUCAGGUGCAGUAGAAUAUCCAGGAUACUCAUUUCUGCUGCUCACACUCAACAGAUGGGGUCGCAAAGCCGUACUCUGUGGCUGCAUGAUUGUGGGAGGAGUGGCUCUGCUUCUGACAAGUGUGGUACCUUCAGAUAUGAACUGGUUGAUUAUCACACUUGCAAUGAUUGGAAAGAUGGUCAUUACAUCUUCGUAUGGCACUGUGUACGUUUUCUCAGCUGAACAGUUCCCAACAGUUGUCAGAAAUAUAGGAAUCGGUGCUGCUUCCACCUCAGCUCGUAUUGGAGGAAUACUUGCACCUUAUACUCUUCUUCUGGGUGACCACUGGCGACCUCUGCCAUUGUUAAUAUACGGUGCACUGGCCCUUGUUGGAGGUCUUCUGUCUCUCUUAUUACCAGAAACAUUGAAUAAAAAAUUGCCAGAUACAAUUACAGAAGGAGAGCUAUUUGGACUGAGACACCAAAAAGAUGUUGAAGAUGUUGAUGGAAACAUGGCUGAAGUGAUAAAAAAUUCAGACUUGAAUGUUAACCAUGAACAGAAAUGAUGAUCCAUGAAGAACCUAUAACACAUCUUGUGUUUAGAAUAUGUACUUUUAUUCCAUCAUGUCUCCAAAUAUUUUACAGUACUUGAAUUUUCUUAAUAACAUUAAAAAUAGCCAGGUCACUUUUUAUGUGAGGUAAUUUUUGAUAUUAAUACACCCGUUAUAAGGGUGUGUUUUGGAGAACAUUUAUUGUAUUAUUAAGGUUAAUAAUACACAAAGUUUUAUAUGUGGCAGUGUGUAUAAACCUACUUUUACACAACUUAUUUACUUUUAGUUUUCCUUAUGAAAUAUGCAGUUGCUUUGUAAUGUAAAAAUAAUAUCAACAUUUUAUUAGAUGAUAAAGUACACACAAAUGUCUGCUAAUGUGACAUAAUUCAAUGGGUGAGUUCUCAAAGAAAUGCUACAUAAUUGUAGAGGUACUCUACUUAGACACUUGACUUGUUGCUGUUAUUAACUGACUGAUCAACCAACCCAAGUAAUGCCACUGUCCAACCUUAAAGAAAUUCCUAGUUUAUCCCUAAAUCUUGGCAUUUUCACCACAAAAGCCUAUCAUUGGAGUCUACUCUGGGCCAGUUUAAUCCAUUCCAUAUCCUCAUUAUCCUUUGAUCCAUUUUCAAGAGAAUUUCCAACCCAUGUGUUACUUCCAAAUACACACAACCUUCACAGACUUGUAAAAGUGUAGUAGAAAUUUGAAAAUUCUGUUAAAUUAAUCUAAUUGAUGUCUACCAACAAUCAUUCAGAAUCAAUAGAAUUAAAAGUUAACAGAAAUUACAUUUCAAACUUGCUGAAGACCACCUUUGUUAUAUAACUUACUUUCUCAGUAUUUAAUAAGAAAGGGAAUUAAAAUAUCCUGUUUUAAAUGUUACUUAAAAACUAUUAUUCAAGACAAGACUUAAACCAUUAAGAAGUAUUAAUUUUUUGUGCUAUAUAGAAGUUACAACAUUUGGUAACAUUUAAUAUUAAAGUGAUGUUAUCAUCAUAUUUGAAUCUGUUGUUCAUAACAUACUUCAUUCCUUUCAUUACUAUUGAUUGUGUAUUCCAAGUACAAGUGUUUUGGACAGUAUGGAUUUUUCAGACAUGUUUCAGAGUAACAAGUGAUAAAAAUUAACUUCUAUUGGGUACACCACAUAUGUCUGCCUCAUCUCUUGACUACUGAAUCCUUUGUUGGAUUUAAUUACAUUUUUAUAAGAAUAAAAUAUGAAUUUGACCAUUAUCAGCUAA